CACUAUUUCUCUGGGAUCAAAAAGAAAAACCCAGACAGUAUCCAUUACAUUUUUCUCUACCACAGAAGAACCUAGAACCACAGAGAGAGAGAGAGAGAGAGACAGAACAAGAGAGUCAGAGAUCGAGGUUUUAGUUAAGAAGAAGCAUGAAGGCAGCAGAGACGUCGCAGCCAACGGUGCAGAGCCGACAGUUAGGGACUCAGCUGUCGGGAAGCAUGAGUUUCAGCAGCCAAAUGUCGAAGGAAGAUGAAGAGAUGUCGAGGAAUGCUUUGUCUGCUUGCAGAGCCAAAGAAGAGGAGAUCGAGAAGAAGAAGAUGGAGAUUAGGGAAAGGGUUCAAGCUCAGCUUGGUCGUGUCGAAGAAGAGACUAAGCGUCUCGCUUUGAUCCGUGAGGAACUUGAAGGUUUAGCUGACCCAAUGAGGAAAGAAGUUGCUUUGGUCAGGAAGAAGGUUGACUCUGUCAACAAAGAGUUAAAGCCAUUGAGUCUUACUGUUCAGAAAAAGGAACGAGAGUACAAAGAAGCUCUUGAGGCAUUCAACGAAAAGAACAGAGAGAAGGUGCAGCUAAUCACCAAGCUAAUGGAGUUGGUGGGAGAAAGCGAGAAGAUGAGAAUGAAGAAGCUAGAAGAGCUGAGCAAGAACGUAGAUUCUGUACACUCACUUUGAGCCCAAGACAGAACAAAGGAACUUCUUUAGGGCCAGAGAUCAUUCUCUGAGUGUUUUAACCCCCACGUUUAGGUUUUGUGAUGGUGAAAUGUAAUUUUAUAAUCUUCGUGUGUUAUAUUACUACUAUUGUUAUUAUCAUACUUUGUUAGGAGUCCUGGAGAGUUUAUAAUGUUUUUUUAGGAAGUAAUUUCAAAAACAUACUCAGCUAGUAGUGCUUGUAACUAAACACUACUCUCUUUUUUUCUUCUGUUAAUCCUUUUUCUAUUUCU